AUGUAUCACACUGUGGUUAGAGCCAUGUAUCACACUGUGGUUAGAGCCAUGUAUCACACUGUGGUGAGAGCCAUGUAUCACACUGUGGUUAGAGCCAUUGAUGCGGAGCUGGCAGAGCUACAAUCUGGUCUUAUAGCCUUCUUCGACAUGGCACUUGGGACGUAUCUAUUGUACCCUUUCGAACGAUGCCAGUAUCGGGAUGUCCUACAUGACACCAAUUGGAAAACACUCGGGAGUGUGUAUGGUGCAGAGCAUCUGUUGCGCUUGCUCUCUGUGCUACCGGCGCUGAUAGACGAGCAUGACUUGGAGAAGGAGCAGAAGAAUCCGCUCGUCAAUUACUGCACGGAUCUUGCGACGUAUCUAUCGUUGAAUAUCGACACUUUGUUUGUGAAGGAGUACCACAACGUCAACACAGCGUACACCCGGCUGUCCACCACGAGCUGA